UUGCUCCAUAUCCACAACACGUUCCUGGAGAGUCACUAUAACUGGGAGCUGGUGCUCUGGUGUUCCUCUCUGUCUCUCUUCCUGCUACGCUUUGUUACCCUCGGCUCAGAGACCAGCAAGAAGUACAGCAACACCUCCAUCUUACUGACAGAACAGAUCAAUCUGUACCUGAAGAUGGAGAAGAAACCAAACAAGAAGGAGGAUCUGACAUUAGUCAACAACGUACUGAAGCUGGCCACCAAACUAUUGAAGGAGUUGGAUGCUCCGUUCAGGCUGUAUGGUCUGACGAUGAACCCGCUGCUCUACAACAUCACCCAGGUGGUCAUCCUGUCUGCUGUGUCUGGGGUCAUCAGUGAUCUACUGGGCUUCAACCUGAAGCUCUGGAAGAUCAAAUCAUGACAGUAAGCUGAUCAGGACACAGUUGGCUCUCUGGAAGAUGUGAUAUAUUCUCUCACCACACGAGGGCGUUGUUCUCCUUUCGCUCACUGACUGACUGGGCUUCCCUGUAUCUAUGGACUGACACACAGCCCUGUUCAUAUCAGAGUGCUUACAUUUCACUUGUGCAAUUCAAGAUAUAUUUAUUUUACCCUUUCAGUAUUUUAGUUUUUUUCUUCAUAUUUUGUUUUAGGAAAAACGUUACGAAAUGUUUUAAUUGUUCAAAAAGUUAUUUUAAGCUAUACAGGUUUCGUGUUCUCAGAGGGAUGGGAUCGAAAAACAGCAAGAUGACAAUUCAGUUAAAAAGACAAUAAAAUAGGUAAAAGAGUUCCAUCACUUCAGACUAGUUAGUACAAUGCGCAUUAUAAUGCAGCUCUUUAGUUUCACGACUGUGACCCACCCACACACACACAGUCAUUUCACUGUGAGAACUGCAACGGGCAGUCGUUUCAGAUCAUAGACGGACUGUAAUAAUAAUCAUGUGUUUUAAAGCCUACAUACAUACACACAGGUUUUACUUCCUGGUAAAUUCAAUGUAGGCUUUUUUUUUUGCUUUUGACAACAACGGUAUACCAAAGUUCAAGAAUAGAUGAACAAUGUUUCUAUGUGUUUGGAGUUUAUAAUGAUAAGCUAAGUGACAGCUGUUGUGGAUAGACAGAGGCAGGAUCAGAACACAUCAGAGACGAUUGGUGAGAAACAGUACUGGCUGGAUGGGAGGUACAGUACUGGCUGGAUGGGAGGUGUACUGGCUGGAUGGGAAUAUCCAAACCUAACCAACUGCUGUAUAUCAAAUACAGACAUUUAAUUGUAUUUGAUCCAGGCCUGCUAGCCAAAACUAAACGGUGUGUGACUGACAACUACAUGAAUGUUGUUAACUAUGUUUUUUUUUUUUUGGGGGGGGGUGUGUAAUGGAAAUGUGUUUCUUGCAUACUCCAAGUCCCCCUGAGACCUUGAGGGAGUGGGGUCACAGCUAUUUAUGGUGAUGCCAUUCAGUAUUGGCUUCUGUACUCCCAAGCCUAUUUUCUAAACCAGACACUGAGUGAUGUGUGCAGUCAGGUUCACUAUUACUAUUCAGGCAUGUAAGCCAUCGUCACAACCCAGUCAAAACGUUGCUUUUUCUUACCUUCCCUUUUUACUAUUUUACGUUGCAUGGCUUUAAUUUGAGUUAUUUCAAUGGUUGGACUGUAUUUCAAGCAAUAACUCGUAGCGCUACACAGAUAGACUGAAAGUGUUUGUAUUACAUUUAGAACAAAGAGGUCCUAGGUCUUAGUCGCUGUACACACUCGAUGUUCGCCGCUACAGUUUGGAAUGCCUGACAAUGUGCACUUUAAAGUAGUGUAAAUCUAAUAUGUUACAUGUUUCAAUGUAGUUGUUCUUUUUGGCGUGGCUCAGUCUGUGUGAAGAUGACCAUAGUGCUUUUUAUUUGCUGGAAAAUACUGUAUUAUUAACACGCAAAAAAAAAAAAAGUUUGAUGUUGCUUCUUUUUCUUUCUCUGGCAUUGGGCUUUUUUUCUUUCCUUUUGUUGUAAAGAUGGUUACUCAUUAUUUGUAGUUGUGAGAGAAAAGAAACAAUUUGCUGUUACUUGAGUCUGAAAAAUUUAUUUAGAAAAUUACUCUGAACGUGUCCGAAAUAGCACCCUAAUCCCUAGUGCACUACUUUUGACCAGAACCCUAGUCAAAAGUAGUGCACUAUAUAGGGAAUAGGGUGGCAUUUCAGACGCACAUUUGUUUGCGUUGUGAUUCCGUUUUCAAAGGAAGUCUGCAUAUUUAUGUUGAAGGAAAAAAAAACUACUUUUUGUGAGCUGGUCUGUUUUAUCAGUUCUAGGUGUUUAUAAGAAAAAUAAAAAUGGACAUUGUUGUGUCACAGACUCAA